AUGCCGACCUAUCUGAACAAGAUGUUUGUUGGACGAUCAGACGGAGCGGUUGAUAUCUGGAACCUUCGCAGUGGAAAACUACUUCACACCUUGCCUGCUUUGUCGGCAGAUACUGGGCCUGUCACUGCGAUUCAGCCCACCCCUGCUUUAUCGCUUGUUGCCAUUGCCUACAAGAACGGUGCAUUGGCAAUUCAGAAUGUGAAUUCUGGCCAGCUCAUCUUGUCUCUUAAGAACGCAUCAUCCCGCGGUCUCCCAGUGACGUCUAUAACUUUCCGAAGCGACGGUUUGGGUGCCGGCCACGAUGGUCGCAGCUCAGGUGUUAUGGCCACAGCAUCGAAUGGUAGCGGCGAUAUUACACUUUGGGAUUUGAACAACGGCGGCCGCAUUGCCGGCAUUCUUCGUGGAGCCCAUCAAAUGUCGAGCGGCGAAAAGGCAAUGGGUGCCAACCGUGUCGAGUUUUUGGACGGACAGCCGGUGCUUGUGUCAUCUGGCGAUGACAAUUCCCUCAAGACUUGGAUCUUCGAUGCAACCCCAUUCUCGCCCAUUCCAAGACCCCUUCACAGAAGAAAUGGACACUCCGCUGCCGUCAGCGCUCUUGAUUUCCUACCUACGUCGUCGGAUGGGUCUGAGUCCGGUGGCAAGUGGCUGCUCAGUGCAAGCAAGGAUUCCAGUCUUUGGGGGCUUAGUCUGCGCAAAGAUAGCCAGCAUACCGAGAUUUCUCAGGGUAACGUGGAAAGCAAGUCUAAAAAGGCCGGGGCAUCGAACAACUUGGAUACAAUGGCAAUCGAGGACCUCAAAGCUCCCGAGGUCACUUGUAUUGCCUGCAGUCUCAAUCGUGAUGGUGGAAUGGGAGUCACCACCUCUGGUCCCAUCUGGUCGAACCCGACGGUAACCAACGCGGAUGCUUCCAAUGCGACAGGUUGGGAAAGCGUGGUUACUGGUCAUCGGGGCGACAAGUUCGCACGUACUUGGUUCUGGGGUAAAAAGAAGGCAGGUCGUUGGGCAUUUGCGACGAGCGAUGGAACAGAAGUCAAGAGUGUGGCGGUCUCACACUGUGGAACUUUCGCUGUCAUCGGAUCAGCUGGAGGUUCUAUCGACAUGUUCAACAUGCAGUCAGGUCAACAUCGACAAAGUUUCCCAGCCCGCCCUCCAGCUUCCCGCACCAGCAAAUCCAAUGCCUCGGUAUUGGCGGCGGCGGCUGCGGCCACAAAACACACCAAAGCCGUCACCGGCUUGAUGAUUGACAGCUUGAACCGUACUGUUGUCAGCUGUGGCUUAGAUGGCAAAGUCAAGUUUUGGGACCUCCUCUCCGGAAAGUUCCUCGACGAACUAGACUGGCAUCCAAUGGCGGCCAUCACUGGUCUUCGCUAUAACAAGGCGAGCGAAUUGGUCGCUUUUAGCUGUGACGACCUCUCUAUCCGCGUGAUUGACCUCGAAACCAGAAAGCUCGUUCGUGAAUUUUGGGGAUGUGUUGGCCAGGUCAAUGACUUCAUCUUCUCCAAUGACGGACGGUGGAUUGUGGCUGCCUCGAUGGACUCGGUGGUGCGCGUAUGGGAUCUUCCCACCGGCCAUCUAAUCGACAUUUUCCGAGUGUCAAGCACGUGUGUCGCUUUGGCCAUGUCCUCAACUGGUGAAUUCCUUGCCACCGCGCACGCCGGCGCCAUUGGUAUCAGUCUUUGGAGCAACCGCAGUCUUUUCAUGCCUAUCUCAACAAAAAAUCUCGAUGAGAAUGUGAUUGAGAACGUUGGUCUCCCGGCAACGUCAGGAGAAGGCGGUGCUGGUCUUAUCGAAGCAGCUUUCGCAGAAGUUGCCGAGGAAGACGAGGCAGAAGGCCCCGUGCUGGCCACAGAACAACUACAACACGAUAUGAUGACUCUGAGUCUUGUACCCAAAAGCAGGUGGCAAGCAUUGGUUCACCUAGACUCUAUUCGGGAACGUAACCGACCCAAGGAAGCCCCCAAGGCACCGGAGAAGGCUCCAUUCUUCCUUCCUUCUCUCCUCGGGUCCAGUGGUCCGGAGUCCGCCAAGCAAGCGUCCGGCGACGAGGUCACUGAUGCGGCAUCGGUGGCCCAAAGCGCCGAGGCCGAAAGGCUGCGAAUUUCCAAGUUGCAAGCUGGUGGAGAUCCCACCGCCCAAUCUCUGUUUACUCGGUCAUUGGCAUCCGGGCAUAAAUCCGGCAACUUCGACUCAUUUAUCGACCACCUCAAGUCUUUGCCUCCGGCCAAAGCUGAUCUCGAGAUCCGCUCGCUGGAUCCUCGGGUGCGUGACGGGCACUCUGAGUUGUCCGACUUCGUUAUUGCCCUGACGAGUCGUCUCAAGUCAAAGAGAGACUUUGAGCUUGUGAAUGCCUGGAUGGCGGUCUUCUUGAAGAUUCAUGCCGAUACUGUGGCUCUCAGUUCUCGUGAUGAGCCUGAGUACCGCCUCUUGCAAGAGGCUCUCGCAAUUUGGUCUCGUGAGCAACAACAGGAGGGAAAGCGCUUGGCUGAGCUGGUCGGCUACUGUCGCGGAGUGGUUGGAUUCUUGCGAUCCGCCCGGUAG